CGCCCGGCACUGUGGCCGCCAACGCCGCUGCCGCCGCCGCCGCCGCCGCGCUCGGGCUCGAGCUCAGCGCACUCCUCCGCGGCCGCCGAGCGGAGCGGACGCCCUCCGGGGCCGCGCCGCAACCCCCGCGCUCCCACUUAUCAUGCCCCGGGCCCGGGCCCGGGCCGCCCAAGCAGCAGGAGCACCAUGCCGGAGGUUGGCGGUGGCGACGGCGGGGAGGUGCCUGCGCUCAUCCCGGACUGCGAGCCGCUGCGGGAGGAGCAGCGGCCCCUGAAACAGUCCCUGGGAAGCUCCCUAUGUCGCGAGUCGCACUGGAAAUGCCUGCUCCUCACGCUGCUCAUCCACGCCUGUGGCGCCGUGGUGGCAUGGUGUCGCCUGGCCACAGUGCCACGGCUGGUCCUGGGGCCGGAGGCAGCCCUGGCCCAUGGGGCCGGGGGCCCACCACCCACCUACCCAGCCAGCCCCUGCUCUGAUGGCUACUUAUACAUCCCACUGGCCUUUGUCUCCCUCCUCUACCUCCUCUACCUGGCUGAGUGCUGGCACUGUCAUGUGCGGUCAUGCCAGGCACCGCGCACUGAUGCCAAUACCGUGCUGGCCCUGAUCCACCGGCUGCAACAGGCACCACCUUGUGUCUGGUGGAAGGCCACCAGCUACCACUAUGUGCGGCGCACCCGCCAGAUCACCCGCUACCGGAAUGGCGAUGCCUACACCACCACACAGGUCUACCACGAGAGGGCUGAUAGUCGCACGGCUCGUGGCGAGUUUGACUACUCAGCCCACGGUGUCCGCGAUGUCUCCAAGGAGCUCAUGGGCCUGGCUGACUACGCUGCCACGCGGCUGCGCUUCACCAAGUGCUUCAGCUUCGGCAGCGCCGAGGCUGAGGCCUCAUACCUCACCCAGAGGGCCCGCUUCUUUAGUGCCAACGAGGGCCUGGACGACUACCUGGAGGCCCGCGAGGGCAUGCACCUGAAGGAUGUGGACUUCCGUGAAUCCCUCAUGGUCUUCGCCGACCCCCGCAGCCCUCCUUGGUAUGCCCGCGCAUGGGUCUUCUGGCUGGUGUCAGCGGCCACGCUGUCCUGGCCACUGCGCGUUGUGGCGGCCUAUGGCACAGCCCAUGUGCACUAUCAGGUAGAGAAGCUUUUUGGCGCUAGUUCGCCCCCUCCUGGCACUGUGCCCAGCGGACCCCCACUCUCCCGUGUGGCCACAGUGGACUUCACUGAGCUCGAGUGGCACAUCUGCUCCAACCGGCAGCUGGUGCCCAGCUACUCAGAAGCGGUGGUCAUGAGUGCCGGUUCCGGCGCCUACCUCCGUGGCUGCCAGCGCUGCCGACGUUCUGUCAGCAGCAACUCGCUGCCCCCUACCCGGCCCAGCGGGCCCCGCCUGCCUUUCAGCCGCAGCCGCCUCUCGCUGGGAGCUGGGGGCCGGGCCACACCAGGCGUCUUCCGGAGCCUGAGUGGGGGGCCACUGGGACGCCGUGGAGAGGACACGGAGCCCCUGGAGAGCCCACCAUGCUACGAGGACGCCCUUUACUUCCCGGUGCUCAUUGUCCAUGGAGACAGCGGCUGCCAGGGGGACGGGCAGGGCGGACUCUGACUCCCACGCCCUCCGGAGUGCCCUCCUCCCCACCAGCCUACCAUGGGCUUCAAUUACCCAAAACAGGAGGGAAAACAGACCAGCACACAAGGGUGGGGUGGGGGUGCAGCCCUUAAACAGUCUACAGUGCAGUAACAGGUGGUCCUUCUGAGGGCAAAUGGGCACCACCAAAGCCGAGCCUAUGAACCAUCCAGCGCGGCUCCUCCCGCCAUCUCCAGGCUUCGCUUUCUGGUGGCAGAUGAGCUGCCUCAGGGGCCCCUCGGGCUGCGCAGGGGAGGAAGUUUCCAGAAAACCUGAGGUGGGGGAGGAGUCCCGGGGACAGCUGUUGCCUGCCGCAGAGGGCUGCCUGUGGGCUCUACUCUGCAUGGCUGAGGCCACGCGGGGAGCCCUUGAACAACUGAGAAGCACAAAUUGGUGGUUUGGGGCCACGCCUAGCUGGGCUAGCCUCCUCCGUGCAGCUGAAGAGCCUGCUUCGGCAGCACCAGGGUCUCGGCUCCUUUACGAGCCCUAGUCCCCAUCCUCCUCACUGGACAGGCCCCUCCCUGCCUGCUGCCCGGCCUCUGCGCAGGGCCAGUCCUGAUCAGACCCUGGGGUGCGGCCCCGCGGCUGGGAGCCUGGUCCUUGGAGUGCAGCCUUGCCCCACCCUGCCUCUACUGUUUUCCCUGCCAUACCCUCCUUCAGCUCCCUCUAAACCUGGGGUUCCUCCUCAGGGCCCUACCUUGAUCUCACAUCCCCUGGUCUCAACUCCUCUCCUCCUCCCCCAGGCCCACAUCCACCUCCGUCAGCCACCCCACCCCACCCCCCGGCUUUGUCCUCUCGUAGCUCCAUGGACUUCUCUGCCCUUCACCUUCCAGAUGACCCACAGGGCCCAGGGUCACAGGGCAUCCGAGGGGCCUCGGCCUUGGCCACAGCCUCUUGGACGGUGCCCUUGCUCUGCCAUGGAGGCCCCUGCUUCCCUCAGUGGGCCCUGGCCCAGGGGACACCAUCCCUCCCCCAGGGAGGAGAGAAUAGUCCCUUUCUUCCAACUGGGGCUUCUACCCCCUCUCAGGGGCUGGUGGGGUUGGGAGGAGGCAGAGAAGAUGCAGAUAAAAUAAAAGGUAUGAAAUGGAA